CUACAAAGUGCAGCCCACAUAGGAAAAGUAGUCAUAAGGUGGACAAAGAAUAUCUUCAAUUAUCGAAGCACAUAUUUGCUAACAGGAGGUUGUGGCGCUCUUGGAAUUGAACUUGCUAAACUUAUGCUAUCGAAUGGAGCCAAACACCUAGUAUUAGUGAGCAGAAAACAUGGUGGGAAGGAAGUCGUGCUCUCAAAUCAUUUUAAUUGUACUGACCAUGACUUGGCCGGCGUGGUGGUGGAAUAUGGUGACAUUUCUACACGUGCUGGGGUGGAUGAGAUACUUGGAAAAAUUUCGUCGUUUGGGAUGCCACCACUUAGGGGUGUUUUUCACAUGGCAGGUAUCUUGUCGGAUGGAACUAUUCCAAAUAUGACAAUGGAGAAGAUGGAUGUCGUAUGGAGAGGGAAGGUGGAUGGUGCAUGGGCUCUUCAUGCAGCAACGUCUCAUCUUAAUCUAGAGCAUUUUGUACUGUAUUCGUCAGCCACUUGGAUUCUUGGGAGCCCGGGGCAAGCAAACUAUUCCGCUGCGAAUGCUGCACUUGCGUCUCUUGCUGAUUACAGGCACCGCCUUGGGCUAAACGCAACAAGUAUCGCCUGGGGGCAAUGGGGCGACAUUGGAAUGGUGCGUGACUUGGAGAGGAAGGUUUUUGGAGUCAACCCAUUUUCUACUGCGCGCGGGAUCUGUACGAUGGAACACAUCCUACGAAACGUAACCCUGAUUGGUAACAACGUCAUGGCAGCCGAACUAAGCGGAGACGUGACAACUUCGUGGAUAACCCCGCAUAUCAUCACUCCUUCGAAUGAUCAUGAAGAGAUUAUAACUGACAGCAAUGAACAAAACGAAAACCGGCUUGACAAUUUGGAACAGUCCGUUGCUAUUUUAGUAGCAAAAAUGCUAAGAUUCAAAGAUCCCUCAAAACUCAUUGAUAAGGACUUGAGCGAUAUAGGUAUGGAUUCGUUGAUGCGAAUUGAAUUGAGAACCAAAAUCAUCACACGGUAUAACGCACUUGUGGACGUAUCCGAUGCUGAAACUAUAACAGACAUUGUCCAGCUACUGAAGAAGGCACUCAAAGAGACGAAACUAUCUUGAACCAAAAUAACAAUGUUGUCUUGUCUAAUAUUUUUUAAACCUCAGCAGUGUGGAUUGUUAAAGGUAUGUAAAGGCGUUAAUGGGCAAAGCUAGUGAUCCAUAACUAUGACUUUUGCAAUCAUGGUUGUGACCUUCAAAUAUAUAAAUAUGUAUAUUUAAUUAACGAAUUUAUUGUCAGACCAAUUUACAUUUAUUGUGGUAACCAAUCUUUGGAUAUACUGCGGGAAGUUAUAUAGUGGGCAUUAGUCUAUUACAUAGAAGCAACACCCAACUAGCCUAAUAGUAACACGAUAAUCUAUCAGUAUAGUAGGUUGAAACUACUAUUGUGAUUAUGAUAUAAAAUAUGUACAAUUCAAUUUACCUUAAUUCAAGUGUUACUUACAUUCAGUCGAUCAGACGGGUUUACAAGUUAACACAUCAUGUAAAUAAACAUCUGUCUAUACUAAUUAACUAAAAACUAUUGGAAUACUAUGUACUAAUCUUACGACGGUGACGGGUUCUACCCUGCUGAUUAGGUUUGGUCCACUCUAUUUGGAUUUGGUCUUAAGAAAUUAAGUUUUGGGGGAAGAUUGAUGAGAAAGAUAAAUAUAGAAAUACAGAUUUUAAUUAGAA